GAUACUGUGUGCACAUUUGCCUAUGAAGCGCGCCACACAUGCAUUACUGUGUCUAGCAGCAUGUAUGGUAUAGCGUAGCGGUCGAGCUUGCACUUUCAUUGGAAAUUCACAAACUUAAUUGGGAACUUCCCCCGAUUUCAUCAGUUUUGCCGUCGACUCACCACCUCCCUAUCCUGCAUAAUGAUCACGUAGGCUUGCCAGACAGCCUCAAAAAUGGACGAACGGGCAGAAGAGCCCCUCAUCAAUGUUCAACAUGUUUUCCAGCUUUCAAGUUAUGGCGUGAAGCAGGAGCAGGUGACCUUCCCCCGCGUGACCAUGUCGUCUCACCGCUGGAUCUGUUGCCGUCACACCAGCCGUAAACGCAAGAAGGUGGACUGUAUCACGGCAAUCAAUCUGACCCGCAAGACGCCGCGCUCGCUGACGUGGCCCUGCGUGGCGGACUCGGCCAUGAUGAAUCCUAGGAAACCAUGGCUGGCACUCAAAGUCGGGCGGCAUUUCCAAGUCUUCAACAUAGUGGCGGAGAAGCAGCUUCACCGGUGUACGACCAAAGACGACGUGCAAUAUUGGACGUGGAUCAGUGAUGACAUCAUCGGGAUGGUGGGAGCUAAGGCCGUGUAUCACUGGGAUCUCUCACCACCAGCUGAUUUGGGACCUCAGAAGGUUUUCAUCAGACACGGUAGACUGAGUUUCUGUCAGAUCAUUGGCUACAAGGCGGACCCUACGCAGCGAUGGCUGGCACUGGUGGGACUCUUCAGGGAAUUUGACAAUGAGUCCGACAACCUCAGUUGUGUAUCGGGUCUAACCCAAGUCUACUCCGUGGACCAUAAGUACAGUCAGCCCAUCGAUGCACAAGCCAUCGCGUUUGCAACGUACCGACGGAGUGAAAAUAUCUUGCCUUCCAGUUUCCUCUGCCUUGCCAACCGGUCCCCGGCCCAGCAGGGAAAGCUUCACAUCAUAGAGCUAGGACCCCACAAACCCGGCAAUACUGCUCUCAUCAGCUGUACAGAGCAACUCUUUUUUGACGAGAGUGAUAACUGUGACUUCCCUGUUUCUGUUCAGAUUUGUUCAAAUUAUGGCCUGGUGUACGUCUUGACAAAGCUCGGCCAUGUCAAAGUGUGUGAUAUUGAAACGGGUACCCACCUUUCUAGUGCUAGCGUCUCUCCACUGACUCUCUUCACUGGGGCACCAGACUCUGAAGGCAAGCGGGCUCUGACAGUGGACAGAGCCGGAAAGUUUUCUGCAGUCGGUGUCCAUGAACGUGCAUUCAUAGAAUAUACACGAACUCAGCUGAAACGACCAGCCAUUGCCAGACGACUGGAGAAGUGCAUGUUCCCAGAAUGAACCAUUCUGCUUUCGGGAAACAGUGUUGUGAUAAUGAUAACUAGAAUGCACUUUUAGGAGUGAAAACGUAACAUGUGCCAAAGUUUGGAAAUGCCACCGCUUCGCCAGUAGGGAUAUCUAAUGACAUGCUGUGCCAAGAGUAUUUGGUAUAUGUUGCAUUAGCUGGGAACCGGCUAGCGAUGGAUACCAGGAGCAUAGCAUGUGUACACAACACACUAGAUGUCAUUGGCUACAAACGUGCAUGCUUGCCACGGCAGAGGGACUGCAUUAUUCUUGAGAUUUUUAUCCAAAGUAAAUUUUGUGGUCUCCACAACGAAGCAUCAAGAUACUGUGGCGUAAAAAAAAAAUUGUUCUUCGUUACGCUUUUGUCUGACAUAGAACAGUCUCGAGUCUGGUGUGUGGUCAGACAUGCUGAGGUCAAGGGUCAUUACCCAGGAUGCAGUGUGGAAAAUGAUCUCGUAGGUGUAGUCGAUUGGUGCAGUUUUAUGCAAAUGAGAAAUGGCCAGUAAGAUGCACUGUGUGUGAAUACCCAUCAUACAUGAGGAUAAAAUACAAAAUGGCUACCGGAGGAUUAGACUGGUAAUCUGCCGUCUUGAAAGCUGGUGGUGACAUCUCAACUGAACAAGGAAUUGUGGGUGCACAUCUUUGAGUGCAUCUAAAGCAACCUUGAUCCUUGGUCAUCAUUGCUAUGAUACCAGGAGGAAAGCCUAUCUUGCAAGGGUCUUCAAGUCAGUCAGGAGUAAGUUACUACCUAGGAGGGCAGAUGGAAAAACAAAAUUAUCCCAGUUGCUGAUCAAGAGGCAAAUUCUUGACGACUGCCAUGGCAAAGAAAGACGGUUUUUCCCUGCUGCUUUGUGGAUGUUGGAAUCAGUAACUUCAAAUGAAUCAAUUAAAAUUGUCUGCAGUAGGAAUUAAUUGGUAGGUACUAGGCAUUGAGAAGCGAUUUGAUUAGUCUUGGCUGAAGACGCUGUUGAUCGAUAUAGGAUUGUGCAUAUCUAACGGCAUGAUAAGACUAGCGCGCCUGCUCACACUAACGUCUAGGGAAAUUCGUAGUUCCUGCUUAAAGUUUUCUUGAUUUUCUCCCUAGGCUUUCCUACGGAACCAAUCAGUGGUUGUUAAAUGAGUUAUAGUCAGUUGUGCGCGCUCGCACAAUGGUUGUAAACAUAUGUGCUGUGCAUGUGCAGUGACCAAGAUCGCUAAUUGCAUGUAGAUAUGCAACGCAGUGAUACCCCGCAUAAAAUGGCCACGCCCCAUUUGCUGCAAAUUUCCCAAGACGUUAGUGCAAGAAAGUUGGAAAACAAUUGUGCAAGGGCGCUCUACAGCAAUGCAACCAUCGCUAUUGAUCACUGACGUCUUGGGCCAACACUCUGAUUUGAUGUGUCCAGGGUACGAAAAGGAUACUUGGAAAAUGUUCAACAUUUCUUUGUGAGGAUUUAUCAUCAUCAUGCUCCCCCAAAAACUGGUGCUUUUCUAAUUGUCAGUAUUUUUAGUAGGUC